UGAAUAUUCAUCUCAGGCGAUUGUACCUUGAAUACUAAGUGUGUUUUAACGCGUUCGGUUGACUGGUGGGGCAUAACAAAUUUCGUUCAUUUUGGCGUGAUGCGUGAUAAAUGGCGUAAAAAGAGGAUGAGGAGACUGAAGCGCAAACGAAGGAAAAUGAGGGAAAGGAGCAAGUGAAUAUAUCACUAUCAAACCCUUGUAACUUUGUGGGAAUACUAAUAAAUUUUUUCCACACUGAUGUUUUCUUCUAUUGUUUUUUGUGGGUAUGAGACAUGGUCGUUGUAUUUGAGUAUUAAUUGAUGAAGCAACUUAGUUUUGAUUAUAACGUCAGUUAGGAAAGCCGUAACUCGUCAUUUAUUCUUUAGGCAAGUGAACCGGACGACGUUGAAUUUGUGGAUGGGGAUGUAGAGUGGAUUGAAGAUGAAAACCAAACUGUGGAUGACUCUGAUAACGAAUCUGCCAAUGAAGUUGAAGUGAUGGAGAAUAGUAUGGAUGUUGUACAGCACGUUACACCUCCUCAAGAUGAUACCUACAAAUUACUUACAGGGCAUAAAGAAAGUGUCUUCUGUCUAGAUUUUGAUAGUACUGGUAAAUAUCUUGUAUCCGGUGGACAAGAUCAUAUUGCUAUAAUAUGGAAUGUAGAAACAGGUGAUAUGGAAUUCAUUUGUCAAGGUCAUGAUGAUUCUGUACAUUGUGUUAGUUUCAGUCCAACUGGUGAUUAUUUAUCCACUGGUGAUAUGUCAGGAAAAAUUCAUAUUUGGUUAAGACCUUCCAUAGAUGGUUAUAAUACCAAAGAAUGGAAAUUAUUAAGAACAAUCACUGUGAAUGAUUUACUCUGGAUGAAAUGGUGGAUAUCUCCAUCGAAUGCUGUACGAAAUACUGUGAAUAAUAAUAAUAAUAAUAAUAAUGUACUACGGCCACCACCAAAUCCUGCUGUACUAUUAGCUGGUGAUGAACAAAGUUAUGUCACAUAUUGGGCAAUAAGUCCUAGUAUAUUGAACGAUGAAGGAAAGUGUUUAUCGACGGCGUAUACAUUUGAUCCUGAUCAAGCUGCAUUGGAUGGUACUAUUUUACCAAGUUCAAUGAAUACAAAAAAUCCAAAAUUAGCUGUACUUCAUCGUAAUGGUGAUCUACGUGUAUGGGAUAUAAAAACGCUAGCCUUACUUGGUUCAAUAAAAUUAUUCAAUAAACAUUCACCUUUACUGAAUCAAUGCGGUCAACAAUUAGAAGUAUAUCAACUCAUCUCAUUGGAAUCAAUGAAAAAUAAUCAAUCAUCCAAUGUUGCAAAUCAUCAUGAUUUAUUAUUGAUCACAGGCAAUGGAUUUAUAUGUCCUGUUUCAAUUAAAUUUGAUGAGGAAUUACAUUUUAAAGUUUUAGAUAUCAUUAAAACCGGUGAUGAUGGAUCAGUUGAAGCAUUGAACUGUUCUUGGACACAUAAUUUGUUUGCUUUCGGUUCUAUCACUGGUGUGCUGGGCAUUUGUGAUUCGCAUACAAUUCGUAUACGUCAAAAAUGGACAUAUAUAGAUGAUGAAAAUGAUGCGCAACCUAUCGGUAUUACAUCAUUAUGUUGGAGUCGAUAUAAACCGAUAUUUUUUACAGCUACAACAAAAGGUUCCAUUGUUGCAUGGUGUGGUAUUACUGGACUCACUGGCAAAUCAUCAACAACAACUGGUUUAUUAACAGAAAAAAUCCCCCUGAAAAUAUGGUGGGGUCAUAAAGCAUUGAUUUUAUAUUUAACUUUACCACCUUUAUGUAAAUCCAUCAUGGAAGACGAUAAUAAUCAAUUUAAAAAAAUUGAACCAUUGAAUAAAACACCACAAUCAUGUAUUGAACCAUUUUUAUGUACAGCAUCGGAUGAUACAACUAUUCGAUAUUUUGCCAUAGAUAUUUUAUCAUAAAUAAUUUCAAAUUGA